AUGUUGCCACCUCUGUUUUCAAGCUUUGAUGAGGAAAAUUUGAACAAUACUUUACAAUUAUUGAACUAUUUCAAAUUGGAAAAGCAAUAUAUAUUGAUGGGCGAUUUCAAUCAGUCACCACUUCGGGCAACUUUAACACCUACAUUUUCAGACAACUACAAAGUCUUUAAAGCAAACGGAUUGUCUGACCCUUACGUUGACAAUAUCGGCCUGCCAACUUUUGGACGUGGUAAUUUUUUAUCCAUUUUCCAAGACAGGAAUCUGAUUCUGGACCAUAUAUUUCAGAAAGGUUUCGAUUACAUAUCAUCUGAGAUCACGCAACAACAACAAUAA